AGAUUAGUUGGAAGCCGCCAGGAAAUCUUCACAUUGAACACUAGCAGCAAGUUAACAUUCAUUCCCCGAGACGGCAGCGGUUGCAAUAGACACUCGCGAUACUGCAGGGGUUCAGCAGUUGCGCGAAAGGGAAUGCGUUUUGAACCAGGAAGAGGAGGUUAAAAUGGCUUCGAAAGACCAGGUCGUGAGUUUAACCGAGGAGGCAGUUUGUCCCAUCUGUCUGGAUUUCUUCACCGAUCCGGUGUCACUGGAGUACAACUUCUGCCGCCCUGUAUCACACAAAGUUGGGACAGGGAUGAGAGAAACUCCUGUCCGGAAUGUAGAGAGCAGUUUACAGACCGUACCCUCAUGGUGAAUCGGGCCUUGGGGAGACUGUCUGAGAAAGCUCGAACACUGAGCCUGAAUCGGACAGAGGAGGAAAGUAAACUUCAGUGCGAGGAACAUCAGGAAGAACUGAAGUUGUUUUGUGAAACGGAAAAGAAACUGAUCUGCCUGGUUUGUCGAGAUGCGCGGGAACACAGAGAUCACCGCUUCAUGCCGGUUAAAGAAGCUGUUCAAAUAUACAAGGAUCAGAUGAAAUCUUCUUUCGAAUCUCUCACAAAAGAGAAAUCAGGGAUCCAGCGAAUGGAGCAGCAAUAG